GUGAGUCCAAGCUCGAAGAACGUGUUGUUGAUUACAUGUUCGUGCCAAUCAGGCUUCAAACAACGGACCCAAGCUACACCUGACACGAUGAUGAAAAGCUGGAAACACGGCGACCACAACCAUGAGCCUCAUCAUGGAAUGGAGCACCCUAAGAAGGGUCAUGAGAAAUGGCCUGAGCACGAUAAAUGGCCCGGACAUGGAAAGUGGCCAGGAAAGAAAAACGAUCUGAAAUGGGAGAAAUGGCAAAAAAUGAGCACACAGAAGACUAGUGAAGCUCCUGCCAUGGAGGAACCAAGGCUACCAGACGAAUCCGGAUGGUAUAUGCCGACACCAUCAAACCACAAAAACGACAACGCGUUAUCAGCCCGUACCGGUGCCAUGCUUACAGGCUCAGCAGUGGGAAUCUUUGUCCUUGGCCUUGUGCUUAUUCUUCUCAUGGCCAUCUAUUACCGAAAGAGGAAACUCCUAGCAAGACGCCAACGCUCUCUGGCACAAGCCCAGCAGAACCUCUAUAUAUCAGGAAUGAGAUUUAACGAUGGUGGCCUGGACAACCCGACCUAUGUGGUACCCUUAAACCAGGAAGAGAAAAAGAUUCCCCUUGAUGUGUCCACCAUGGUAUCUGCUGGUGACUACCCGGCUUUGCUCCCACCAAGCUAUCAGGAGGCCAUCGACCAAUCCACUCUCCCGCCCACCUACUCUCUUGACCCGGAUGAUCAUCCUGAAGAAGUUCCUGUCUUGCGCAGGCUGUCCAUUACCUUACCAGAAGAAACAGCAAAGGAAAGAACCGACCAAGACUGCUAGAUGUCACAAAAACUACUUCUUAAAAUGCGUAAUAUAUAACCUAUCAAAAUGAAAAGCAACGCUGUUUAAUUCAGGUCAUAUUAAACAAAUAAAUGGCCUGACCAUCUUCAGAAAUUUGAAGCCUUGCUUGAGGAAAUUUGGGUCUUGUAUUCUGGAAAAAGCAGAAAAUAUUUUUCAAGGCUUCUUGGCGUGUACAAAAAAAACAUAUCGGUCAUGAAGUGCGUAAUAUAUAACCAAGAAAGCUAAAAAAAUGAGUCCAAACCUUUUCAACAAUACACAAAGAAAAGUGUGAACUUCAGAAAUUCUUUACGUUAUUUGUCUAUAGGUAGGUAGAUAGAUAAUAUACUUGUAAAGAAAGACCAUUGGUACUUUUACACAGGGCCUAUUAGGUAAUAUGUUUUAUUUCCUCGAUGCACCAUUAUCCCUGUCAGUUUUAUGCAUAUGACCAUAGCAGGGGUUUAUUAAUGUGUACAUUUUUGUCAGCUUUUGCACUUGUAUGAGUGUAGAAUGCUAUGGCACUUACUGUAUGGGUAAGUAACAAGACUUGAAAACGUUUUCUUGUGUAGUAGAGUCAUUUAUAUUAUUUUGAAAUCUCUAGUAUUUGUAGUGUUUCCUUGCGUACAUGCUUCCUGCCUUUGACUCUAUCGAUGGGAGUGUAUAUUUUUUUCUGACAUUAUAAGGCAGUAGUCAGAUAUUUACCAUAGCAGACUACUUCUGUGAUGCAUCAUGUGUUGCCUAAUAAUACUGUCUCAGCUGCAUAUAGACCAGUGAAAUAGACUCGAUAUCAAUUAUUGCGACCGUAUUCGAGCCUCCAAAACCUGGAUUUACUCAUGUAUCAUUUAACAUGAAUAAUACCUAGAACUUUACAUUGCUAUUAUUGUUUACACUUUGCAGUGGGUUAACUCCUGCUUGAGUUCAUAGUGUUAUCAACACCAGAUAUAUUUCAAAGUAUUUUAAAAUUGAUUAUUAAGUUUCAAUCUUUCUAUCGUUGUAAAGUGAUGCCAUGUUUUCACUUUGGGUUUUUAAUCAAGUGUUUCUUGAGAAUCUCUGAAGCUGAAUAGUUUUCGAAAAGUUCCCUGCAAUGGAUGGGGUGUUUAACAAUGUUGCUGGAUUGAUAAAAUAUACCCACGUCAUUGAAACUGGGAAGUCUUGUACAUUGGUACAAGUAUAGGUGAAGGAAAAGGAAAACCUGUUCAUCGGGUUUGUACUGUGAUAAACGCUUGCAAUAAUACGGCUUUUGCCUUUGACUGUUUGAUACAUUUGUGUAAAAAUUAGGUAUACUCGGAGUCUACAAUCGAAGUGGUUUUACGUAACGUUGACAUGAUGGUGAACAACCAUGUGUGGGCGUUGAAGCACUGCAUACUAUAUUGUUGCUCUCCUAUUCUUUAUUGUUGAUGUUUUAUUCCGAGUUGAACUUUUAAUUUCAGUCUGAGUAGCUGUGUUUGUGCUAUUCCACCUACUUGUGUAUAUAACGAAGUAUGGAUUAUGUGUACAGAUAUCGAACAAAAGAUAACGUAUACAUCGAAUCUCAGUGUCCUAUUUCUAUUGAGGGAUAUCUUUAUUCAUAUAAUACAUAACGGUUAUACCAAUAGUUUUGUAACAGGUGUAUAUCUUUUCCUCCUUUGUCUCAUUCAAUAAAAUGUUUCUAAUCUAACAUUUUCUGUUUUCAUAUUUAUAUAUGAAUUGGUUUUAAGCCAUAAUAAUCCAUA